AUGCCACCCGUGCCUCGAAUGUGCGUGUCAGUGCAAGCGGGCGAGCCAGAGGCUUCUCCACUGAGACAGGAGCAGGAACUCAGCUUUCGCCUGCGACCUGCAAUCCCCAGAUUCCCUGGGGACCGCGAAACUCCCAAUCGGAGGCAGUCCCCCCGCUCCAAGCCGCCCACCCGUUCCCCCCCUCUACCUCCUCACGCAGCCCCUCCCUGCUGCUGGGCUGUUGGAGAGCUCGAGCUGCAAGCCGCGGAGCGCGAGCGCGGCGCGCCGGCUGGGGAACCCCAGAGCGCACGGCACCCCAAGCUGGCAGGCGCCGCGGGACCCCCUACCCUCGCCGGCUGCCCCUCCCCGGGUGCCCCCACCGUCCUCGCCAGCGGGAGCUCCUGGGCUUCCCACGAGGAGCUCACCCCAAGGAGCCCGAACCCCGGCGAGCCCGCCACCGUCCCCUCCAGCGCCGCCGCAGCCGCUGGAGCAGCAUGGUCCAGCUGGGGAAGCUGCUCCGCGUCCUGA